CCAUGUGCUUCCACUCAGGAUGAUCUGAGGCCUCGUCAGACGUUCAGUAACCAUGAUGGCCACACAGACGCUGAGCAUAGACAGCUACCCAGACGGGCAGCAAAUGCAAGUAGUAACAGAGUUAAAAACAGAGCAAGAUCCACACUGCUCUGAGCCUGACGCCGAAGGAGUGAGCCCUCCCCCUGUGGAGUCUCAGACACCGAUGGAUGCCGACAAGCAGGCCAUUUAUAGGCAUCCACUGUUCCCAUUAUUAGCUUUGUUGUUUGAAAAAUGUGAACAAUCCACCCAGGGCUCCGAAGGCACAACUUCUGCCAGUUUUGAUGUGGACAUUGAAAAUUUUGUAAGGAAGCAAGAGAAAGAGGGGAAACCUUUCUUUUGUGAAGAUCCAGAAACUGACAAUUUAAUGGUAAAAGCAAUCCAGGUUUUGCGUAUUCAUCUUCUGGAGCUGGAAAAGGUUAAUGAACUCUGCAAAGAUUUCUGCAGUCGCUAUAUUGCUUGUCUAAAAACAAAAAUGAACAGUGAGACCUUGCUGAGUGGGGAGCCUGGGAGCCCGUACUCCCCUGUGCAGUCCCAGCAGAUUCCAAGUGCCAUCACAGGCACCAUCAGCCCUCAAGGAAUUGUGGUGCCGGCAUCUGCACUGCAGCAGGGAAAUGUGGCCAUGGCGACCGUGGCAGGUGGCACAGUGUAUCAGCCUGUCACGGUUGUCACCCCUCAAGGCCAGGUGGUCACACAGGCGCUAUCACCUGGGACGAUUCGGAUCCAGAACUCACAGCUUCAGUUACAGCUAAAUCAAGAUCUGAGCAUCUUGCAUCAAGAUGACGGCUCGUCUAAGAAUAAAAGGGGCGUUCUCCCGAAGCAUGCCACAAACGUGAUGCGGUCCUGGCUCUUCCAGCACAUAGGGCACCCCUACCCUACUGAGGAUGAGAAGAAACAGAUCGCUGCUCAGACAAAUCUGACACUGCUCCAGGUCAACAACUGGUUCAUCAAUGCGAGAAGACGGAUUCUCCAGCCCAUGUUGGAUUCCAGUUGUUCAGAGACCCCCAAGACAAAGAAAAAAACUGCUCAGAACAGGCCAGUUCAGAGGUUUUGGCCUGACUCUAUUGCAUCUGGGGUCACACAGGCGCCGCCCAGCGAACUUGCCAUGACGGAAGGAGCUGUCGUAACCAUUACCACGCCUGUGAACAUGAACGUGGACAGCCUCCAGUCUCUAUCCUCGGACGGGGCCACCCUGGCGGUACAGCAGGUCAUGAUGGCGGGGCAGAGCGAGGACGAGUCUGUGGACAGCACGGAGGAUGACGGGGGUGCGCUGGCUUCCACCCACAUCAGCGGGCUCGUCCUAGAGAACAGCGAUUCCCUGCAGUAGGACAGAGGAGCAGCCACCGACUUUUUAUAGUUUGCACAGCAAACGUUUUACAGUUUUACUUCUAAUAUGUUUUAUAUGUAGAUAUAGAAGAGUGCACUUUUGUACUUCAUAGUAAGCUUAAAGCGCGUCUUGCCAGUGCA